AUGAUUCAACUUUCUGUUGGGCAGGUAUCUGCCAUAAUUGCAGCAAUUACAACAGCUCUUCAGCUCUUCUUCCCUACUGCUCUAGCUCUCUUGAUAGUCGGGCUCCUCAAAAGUGACAUGUCUGCUACAACUUGGUCAUCCGUUGGCGCAACGCUUCACAGCUCUCACUGGGCUGCCCUUCUUCGAGCAGACACAGCAACCUCUGUGAAUGUGCAAGGUUCAGUAAAGUGGCUGUUGCGGAUCGGAUCCUUAGGUCUUUUGCUUAUCGCUUUGGCUUCCAUCAUCACCCCGAUUGGCCUUUACGAAACGGUCCAACCGAAUCAAGUCCUGCAAACCGUCUCAUUCCUAUACAUCGCAGACAGUGGGCCUUUCGGAUAUGGGACGCCAGAGCGAAGCACGCUUGGGUUCAAUCGCUUGUGUGGUGUUCCAAAUCUAGUGACAUGUCCUGGUUCUGACACCGUUGAGGUGAAGUCGAACGAGUCUAUCUCAUCUGAUUUUCCAUUCGGAUAUGACAGCCGUAUUCCGGCAGAGAAGAUUGGGUUACUUCAGAGCGGGCUACAAGAACAGCAACAGACAGUCUCCAGUUUCUUUGACAUCCAAUUUCGAUCCCACAACAAACGCCAGGAUCCGGAUAUCAACAAUGGAACAUUUUAUACCGCCGGUGCUUAUCGACAAUUGGACACUCUAGUACUGCAGGAUUCGAUCGAAGCUAUCGAAGGACUAGUUGUGGAUAUGAUCAAUGGACGUAUUGCUUUUCGUAAUCAUACUCUUCCAGCUGGGAUAUCUCUCGGGGCAACCUGGGAUGAAGAUCUACUUGUCAUGGAACCGGAAACCCAUUGCGUCGACACAAACCUUACUAUCGACUUCACCACCUCGGGUUUGAAUGGAACUUUAGGUGGCAAGUUGGAGGACGUGGUUCUGACCGACCGCGGUGGAUUCGCAAACAUUGCCACUGAUUCGCCCACCUACGAUAAGGCUUCGCCGCAAGUCAACGCUGAUCUUGUCAAUCGUGCUUAUCAAAGUGCCUGGUACUUUGAUGCCCUACUGGCCAUCUAUUAUAAUGUGACUCGCCCAAACCCAAAUGCCUUUGGAUACCUCACCUCAGCGGUUGGUAAUACGUUUCAGCUACCAGAAACAACACUUCUUGGCCUUGACAAAUUGGUUGUCGAAGACUACAGUUCUGUCUUUUCCACUUUUCUCGCCAACGACAACAGCUCGUUCACCAGCGAUGAUAGUUUUCCUUUCUGGCCAAACCCAUUCAACAUAUCCAGAUCAAAUUUCUCCGAGAUUGCUAACGAGUGCAACGGGGUUGUCGGGACCAGCAAGUCAAACAUGUCUAAUGUUGCAGUUGGCUGUGGCCUCGUCUACGGUGUACCAAGGUUAUCUGACGGGCAGACUAAACUUGCAUACGACCCUGGAGUACGCCUGUCCAUGCCACUCUUGUCAUGCGCUUCUGCCGUGAAAAUGAAUGUCAAAAAAUUCAGCUUUCGCUUCAAUGGUACAGACGGUCUCCGCUCCCUGCGGGUUGAUUCCAUAUCCGAUCAAUCUUCCGACUCGAAGCCUCUGUACUGGGGCGUUGAGAACAACUCCGGACUGGAUGUGAAUAUCCAGGAUGCUGCCCCCCUGUGGGGGCUGGUCUCAAGCACGACCCCUGAAUCCGAUGAGCUGUCAGUUGUAAAAUCACCUUACCUUUAUCUUCCUGGAAACCUCGGGAUAUUCACAAUACUUACGCAGUCUGGCUCAGACAACGUGCCCGGCACCACUUUCGCCAUUGAUGCUCUCUCAUCUCUUUAUGAUGGCGAUGUAUUCGACCCCGAUCAAGGAUUUGCGGGAUAUGGAGGCAAAAAUUCUGUUGCGAUGUUCGCCCAAUGGCAACGUCUAUCAGCAACCGCUAAUGGAACUGCGCACAUAAUCAAUCUCAUAUAUGCGGAUUUGGCAGCAAAUGCACUUGUUGGGACUAAGUCCUGGUUGCAAUCAUCGAACAAUAUUCCGGGCACGGGCAAUGCCAAUCAGAAACGCCAGGCGAGUACCACUAGUGCCGAUGCAUCACAAGCCACUGCACAAGUACCAGUACGCGUCUUCUCACGGCAGAUUCGAUAUAGAUGGCUUUUUGGAAUUCCAGCGUAUGUGGCUGUUCUUUUGAGUGUGGUCAUUGGCUCGGCAACACUCAUAUUGGUGUGCCUGGGCCGUGCUUCGACAUACAAGAUGAGAGCGUACCUGAAUGCCACAUCUGUGGGGCGCAGCUUGUCCCUGUUUUUGUAUCCUGGGGAAUGCGAACCACAAACUUCAAGUAGUCGAUGGGUACGUGGUGUUGGCACGAAAAAGAUUAACAUCAGCAAACCCGCUUGGAUACCCCGUGCAACGCAGCCUCUUCUUUACCCCGAAAAUUUCAAUAACAGUUCAUAUACAACUGGCCAUAGCGGGGUUGUAGGUUAUGAGAAUGAUGACCAACCUCUGAUUGACCAGAAAACUGGGACAGCUAUUCAGCUGACACCGAUUGCAAGCCCAAUGCCUCCGACACAGCCACGAUUUGGUACAUCAACGCAGGACAACGGCCAAAACCUACACCAAGGAUACCUAUCACACUUUGGGGCCCAUCACAUCGCCGGCCAAGCACAGAAUCAAUUUCCACCGCCUCCAACUCAAACUUCCAACACUUACCCGAUGGAGGGUUUCGCAAGGUGA